AGCGUGGGAAGUGGCAAAACGAAUGAACAAGGCAAAAAUUCCUUGUGAUCUAAUUACUGGACAAGAGAGAGAGAGACGAAGUUGAUGGUGCAAGGCACAAAGCUGUCACAGUGGAGAUGGCUGAUAUGUUGGGCUGUAAAACAAGGGGUUUUGCAUUCACACGGGCUCUAUUGGGAAUUGCUGCUGAUGAACUUCAUCUUUAUGGGGAUGCAGCUGCUGUUCCUCUUAUUCAGGAAAUGCUGAAAGUGACUGAUGAUAAUGUAGAGGUCCAACCUUAUGGAAGACUUUCACCACUAGUUCCUCUAGAAGUUCCUCUUGGAUCUUUUUCUAAUAUAAAAACAGGAGAUUGCGUUGUAACAUUUUCACGUCAACAGUUCUAUAAAUUUAAGAAGCAAAUUCAGGAUGGGGGAAAACAUCUUUGCUCUGUGGUUUAUGGUUCGUUGCCACCAGAGACUCGUACAAGACAGGCAAUGAUGUUUAAUGAUGAAACUAUUGAGUUUGAUGUGCUUGUCGCCAGUGAUGCAAUUGGGAUGGGUCUUAAUCUGAAUAUUUUGAGGAUCAUAUUCUCCACUAUGAAAAAGUUUGAUGGUGUUGAAAUGAGGGAGCUUACAGUACCAGAGAUAAAGCAGAUUGCAGGCCGAGCUGACAGGUAUGGAUCCAAAUUUCCUGUUGGUGGAGUGACUUGUUUACGUGCAGAUGACCUACCAUUGCUUCAUUCAUCAUUAACGGCCCCGUCUCCUGUUCUAGAGCGAGCUGGAUUGCUUCCAAGCUUUGAUCUAUUAUAUAUGUAUUCAUGUUUGCAUCCGAAUAGUGGUUUCUACCAGAUAUUGAAAGUUGCUGCUCUUGUUGAUCAAUUGCCUCUCGGGUUGCAUGAGAAGUAUCUUUUUUGUUUGAGUCCAGUUGACAUGGAUGAUGAGAUUUCAGCUCAGGGUCUAACACAGUUUGCAGAAAAUUGUGCUAAGAAAGGCAUUGUUUGGCUUCGAGAAAUAUUUACACCAGGUACACAUCAAGUGCCAAAUACACACAGUAAAAUGAAGGAGUUUGAAUCCAUUCACCAGGUGCUGGAUCUCUAUAUUUGGUUGAGUUUUCGAUUUGAAGAUUCUUUCCUUGACCAUGAGCUGGCAUCUUCGCAAAAGGCAACGUUAAUCGAAGAUUUCCUAGAAAGACUAGGCUGCUGGCCGAAGCCAAAUGCAAGGAAGUUAUCUACACGCUCUAGCUUAAACUCUGUAUUCUCCAAAGACACCUACAAGAGAAGGGCACUGGGAGGAAGUGGAAGGGAACUGUGAUAUUCUUUUUAUGUAUUCAGUUUUAGAAUUCUUGGGAACGAUUCUGUUUUCCAAAUAAAUAAAAAUGGAAUAAACCUUCCUUUCAUAUGUAUUGAAUUCUAAAUGAAAUGCAGAAGAUAAU